AAGUGAUAUUGGUAAGGUGAGCCAAAAAAAAAAAGCAAGCCCCUAAACAGUAGCUUAUCUCGCCAAAAGUCACAUCAAUUAUCCAUGACUAUCUGGAAUUUACAUGGAACGCAUUAAGAACCCACAAAUAUGUGUCACCAUACAUCUAUGUGAGUAGAGUUAAAACGCAUGGAAUUGUAAUUACAGCUAUCAGUUUGUAAUUAUAGUUCGGACCGAGCAGAUGACCAUUUCGGUUGGCGGAUUGGCUAUAAAGUAUGCGGCCCCUAUCUCCCACACUGGCUGAAAUCGCACGCCGAGAUCUGAAUGAGACUCCGGAGCGUAUUCAACAGGACCUACACAUACUACGCGAAUGGAUACGAAAGCAACGCCAUUUGAGGGCACGAACAAGUGAUGAAUUCCUGAUAGCCUUUUUACGACGAUGCCGAUACAGUCUGGAGGAGACGAAGCGCCGCAUCGAUCGGUUCUUUACGUUCUACAACAUUUUUCCAGAGGUCUAUAGGAAUCGUUGCAUUACCCGACGUAUCUUUGAUAUUAAUCGAAUGGGUGUCCAUUAUUAUCCCGAGUUUCCCAAAUGUUCAGACAAAUCGGCCAUACUUAUAGCCCGUUUCGGUCAAUUCGAUCCGAUUAAUUACAACGUUAAAGAGAUCUUCCAGUUCAUUAUGAUGGCCAUGGAAAUGAUAUCCUUGGAAAAUGAUUAUGCCACCGUGGCGGGGGUGUCACAAAUCCUGGACUUGCACAAUAUCAAAUAUGAACAUUUGCAACGUUUUGAUCGCAGCAUUUUCCAGCGUUACUUCGCCUGGCUUCAGGAAUGCUGUCCGUUGCGCAUGAAGGAGGUCUAUGUCAUUAAUGCCUCCAAGGAGAUUCAACGGCACAUAAAUAUGAUGUCGAUAUUAUUGAAAAAUCAGAAAUUUCAAACGGUUCAUGUCCUAAAGACCAUGGACGAUUUAUAUGCGCACAUACCGAAAUGUAAUCUGCCCGAAGAGUAUGGCGGCAGCAAUGGCCACAUCGCAGAAUGCAUUGCCUACAUGGAAGAUCUUUUGCAAAACUAUCGCAACUAUUUUGAUGAGGAUCCACUUUAUGGUGUUUCGGAAGAAUUAAGGACUGGCGAUGUGGUUACCUAUGAAGCUGAGUUUGGUCUAUAUGGUACAUUUCGACAAUUGCCGUUUGAUUAGUAUCCCAAAUAAAUCGAAAAUCAAAA